AAUCGAGAAGUCUUGAAAAUUUGAAUAUUAAAUUAGCUUAUUUCAGGUUUUAUCUUACCUGUUCUCGGAAUGUAUUCUUAAUGCCGCGUGCCGGUUCAUCAGCGCACGCUUCCUCUGAUUAUUUAUUCAUAAUUCGCAAUUAGUCGCCUGCUCGAAACCUACGGUGUUUUCGUCCGCCGAGGUUCAAACAAUCAAUUACAAUCUCACGCCAAUCCACAUGCGAUGCCCUAUAACCCGAGCGAGAUGGAUCCCCCUAUCAUAUAGAUAUAACCGUGUACCGGUUCGGCGCAACCGGCCGCGGUGAAUCCGUUGCUCGCGCGAUCGUCGCAGUUGCGAGAAGAACCUUGCUCGUUUCGCUCGCGUUGCCGAAGAGCGUCGGUCGCACACACGUUACAUUAGCGGCGACGUGACACGCACAUAAUCACGAAGAUGACGACGAUCGGGACGAUGCUAAUCUUCCUCGGCACGGCGUUCGUCACACUCGCCGGGAUCGGCGCCGCGCCGGCGAAAUACGAUCAGCGACAGGAGGGCGAGUUCAACCUCAACGCCAAGCUGGAGAACUUCCUCUUCGUCGUAGCCGUUCCGAGCAACAAUGAAUUCUUAACCGAUCUGGCGUUACAGGCUCUCGAGCUCAAGCUGAAGAGGUCGAACCUGCCGAAGGAUCACGAAUCGAUCAAGACCGAUGAGGAAAUUCACAAUGAGGAGCCUUAUUCCGUGGAAAUUGUACGGAUAGAUGAGAAUCCUUCGGACGAGGCGAGUUCGACGCGAAAAGCGGAAGGGGAGAGCACUGCGAAAGCUUCGAUCGGCGACAAGGCAGCCGAAAAGAGAUCCGCGAAAGAUGUGAAGGGCUUCGAGUUCCCCAAGAGCCGCGAAGUGCCGACUAUCGUGGGAUACCUCCUGGAUCCGAAGAAAACGCACGGAUCUUACAAAACGGAGAACGGCGCUCGGGCGCGGAACGUGCUUGGGAUCAUGUGGAAUCCCGACGUCCAGGCGGCAAAGCCGGGAACGUCGCUAAAGAAACAGCUGCUUCGAAGGGAGGAGGAAGACGACGUCGUCGCGUCUUCGUCGAAUGCUGAUAAGAACGACGUGGCUUCGCUUUCUGAAGAGAAGCCGGAAUUGUGGCUGGUGGGCCACGGCGCCGAGAACUGCGGUCCAGGAAGUCGCCGCAACGGAGAGACCUUUAUCUGCGAGUACGCCGGCUCUCCUGUUUAAACAUCUGAGAUAUGCUAGUUUCCAUUAUUUUUCCUGGUGCAAUAUUUUGCUUUCUCCUAUAUUUAACAUAAAUAAUUAUAUAAAUAUAUGUAGAUCGAAAAGUUCGUUCAUUUUUUUGAUAGCGCAAGAGUCAUGUAAGAAAAAACGAAAGAAUUUUUUGAUCACUUUUGAUAUUUGAAACGCGCUGAACGCGAGAUGGUUGUCGUUUUAUAUGAAACGUAUAUGUGAGGUUGCGCAUGUAUCUAUCAGAUUAUUUUAACGAAUAAAAUAUUUAAACAGCAA